AUGUCACAUGAUUUAGAUUUUGUUGUCAUACGUAUUGUGCUUGGCUUAGACUUAGAAACAAUGCCCAGCACCUUGGAGCCGCGAAAGGGCAGCACUCUGGUGCCACGUGAGUUGCCACAAGGAUGGUCGGCCCACAAGGAUGACGCGGGCCGUACGUACUACGCGAACUCUGAAACAGGCCAAGUACAGUGGUUGCCGCCUCCCACAGUUCGCAAAAAUGCAGAAGAGAUUCGAUCCUUGCUUAUCCAGCACAAUUUUGCAGCUGCGGACAAAGACCGCAGCGGUGUAAUCAGCAAAGCAGAACUUGCUCUCAUGAUGAGGCGUUUGAAUCCUGAUAUGACCAGCAAGGAGCUGGAUGCAAUGCACAAAGCAAUAGACAAGGAUUUGGAUGGAAAGGUCAGCUUUGAAGAGUUUCAUCGAUGGAUCUUGUCAGAUGGGCAGCAAGAUUUGGCUUCGAAGCUUCUGGACAAGUCAUCCACACCCUCAGGCGCAAUCUCAGCGACUUUCAGAAUCUGGGAUACGGAUGGCAACGGCAAGCUGUCGCGGUUAGAACUGGCAACCGUCCUGAGAAAAGCUAUGCCUCAAAUUUCAGAGGCACACUUGGACUCUAUUUUUCAAGAGCUGGAUGGUGAUCAGAGUGGCGAAGUAGACUUGAAUGAGUUCAUGAACUUUCUUUACAGCAAUCCGGGAACACGUGCUUCUAUGAGCAAGGCGCAGGUGGAGCGAAGCGCUGGAUGGGAAGAGGUACCAGACUGUGAUGCAGCUAGGAAGGCCCACGCAACUCCUACUGUACCAUUUGUGAAGGAAAGGACUCCACCCUCAAUGAAGGUGAAAUGA